AUGCAGAUUUACCUUUACAAUUCGGAUGACUUUGACAGCCUCAGCGCUGCCAUCAAGGAAAGACGCAUCAUUGCUGCCAUGUCCGUCUUCUUUGAGCUGGGGCAAAAAGACAAUCCAGCUGUAGAACCCAUCAUCCAGGGAUUGAAAGGAGUAGUGCAUCACGAAAAGGAAACAAACCUCAGGUCGUUCGUCCUGAGGGAUCUGCUGCCGUCGUCCGUGGACAAUUACUACCGAUACACCGGCUCUCUGACCACCCCGCCCUGCAUCAAGGUGGUGGAGUGGAUCAUCUUCUCCAGGCCUGUGUAUCUGUCCCACACACAGCUGGAGGCCUUUUACUCCAUCUUUACAACAGAGCAACAAGACCACGUCAAGUCUGUCGAGUACCUGAGGAACAACUUCCGGCCCCUGCAGGACCUGGAUGAUAGGAAAGUCUUUAAGUCGGCUGUAAAGGACGCAUGGCAGAGAGAUUUAACCGAUGUCCUGAAUAGUCCUCACAGCACUGAGGCUUCAAGAGUGUGCAGCAGUGCCCCGGUGAACAUGAAGAUCCAGCCGCUCAACCAGACUGCGCUAAUGGUGACCUGGGAGCGCCCUCUGACCGUCUACCACCCCCCCAUCACCAGUUACAUGGUCUCCUACAGCUGGGUGAAACGUGAAGUUGCUAACGAAAUGACCUUCACCAACACUGGGGACCAGAGUAUGAGAGCCAUCAUAACUAAUGUGUCCCCUGAAGUGCUGUACCUGUUCAGAGUGCAGGCAGUGUGUCAGCAUGACCUGCGCAGUGAUUUCAGCCAAACACUGCUGUUCAGAGCUAAUACAACAAGAAUAUUUGAAGGGUCUCGUAUUGUGAAGACUGGCAUGCCCACGAUUUCUCCAGCGUCCUCAGCAGACAUGGCUCCCAUCAGCUCUGGUUCAUCCACUUGGACGUCCUCUGGCAUCCACUUUUCCAUUGUCUCCAUGGCAACGGGGAUGGGCCCCUCCUCUAGUGGCAGCCAGGCCACGGUGGCAUCGGUGGUGACGAGCACCUUGCUGGCAGGCUUGGGCGUAGGCGGAGGGGUCAUCUCUUCUUUGCCCAGCUCUGUUUGGCCCACACAGACGCCCCCAGCAACGCAGAAUCCCACUCGUCCUUCCACCCCGCCUGCCAAGUCGAGCACCGAGCAGGCGGCGGCCCCGGGCCCUGAUAAAGACACCCAGUCUGAGGAGAAGCAGGCUGCAAGUGAGGGCGAGGAGGAGGAGGAGGGGGAGAGAGAAGGAGAACAAGAUGAAGAAGAGGAUGAGAAGAAGAAGAAGAGCAAGCCUGCACCUGAUAAUGAGAAGAAGCAGGCGAACAGCACUGUGGCCAAAGAGCCUUUAAUCCCCACCCCCGCAUCCACAGCCAAAGAGAAAGGAGAAGGGAAGCCUACAGCCAAAGGCACCGCAGCGCCCGUGUGCACCGGUGGCGAUGAGCUGGUCAACGUAGAGACAAAUCUCACUGAUGUAAAUGCAGCCCCCACUCAGGAGCCUCGUAAUGACACUGCAGAGAUGCAGAUUCCACAGAGCUCUACACUGUCCCCAAAAAUCAGUAGUGAUGGCAGGAGUAUCUGGCCUUUCUCUGUACACACUGACACAACCAUGUUGUCCAAUGUGACCCGGGUCCCUCACCCGGGGAUGGGGAGGAUGGUGUGGAUUGUCCCCUUGGUGGUGGUGUCCGCUCUCACACUGCUCUGCCUCAUAAUGCUGCUGAUCGUGAUGAUCUACUGGAGGAGAUUUUUCCAGACAGCUCACUUCUAUGUGGAGGAGAGCAGCUCUCCACGGGUGGUGGCCAAUGAGAAUAUACCAAUUAUCCCUAUACCAGAUGACAUGGAGGCCAUCCCUGUUAAGCUGUUUAUCAAACACAUCAUGGAGCUCUACAAGAACAACCUACAAGGUUUUUCUGAGGAGUUUGAGGAGGUCCAGCGCUCCACAGCAGACCUGAAAAUCACAUCAGAACACUCCAAUCAUCCUGACAACAAGCACAAGAACAGAUACAUCAACAUUGUGGCUUACGACCACAACAGGGUGAAAUUACGAGCUCUGGCGGGGAAAGAUGCCAAACAUUCGGAUUACAUCAAUGCCAACUACGUGGAUGGCUACAACCGGCCGAGAGCUUAUAUAGCUGCCCAGGGUCCUCUCAAGUCUACAUUCGAGGACUUUUGGAGAAUGGUGUGGGAGCAGAACACGGGAAUCAUCAUAAUGAUCACCAACUUGGUGGAGAAAGGACGAAGAAAAUGUGACCAGUAUUGGCCGACAGAGAACAGCGAGCAGUAUGGGAAUAUUGUAGUGACGCUGAAAAGCACCAAAGUACACGCCUGCUACACACUGCGGCGUUUCCUUAUAAGGAAUACUAAAGUUAAAAAGGGUCAAAAGGGGAACCCAAAGGGAAAGCUAAAUGAACGCAUCAUUGUGCAGUUUCACUACACUCAGUGGCCUGACAUGGGAGUACCGGAGUACACCCUCCCUGUCCUCACCUUCAUCAACCGCUCGUCAGCAGCUCGCACCGCAGACAUGGGCCCGGUCCUGGUGCACUGCAGUGCAGGGGUGGGGCGCACAGGAACGUACAUUGUCAUUGACAGCAUGCUACAACAGAUGAAGGACAAAAGCACAGUCAGCGUCCUGGAUUUUCUCAAACAUAUCCGCACACAACGCAACUACCUAGUUCAGACUGAGGAACAGUAUGUUUUCAUCCACGACGCUCUGAUGGAGCUCAUUAUGAGCAGAGACACAGAGGUGCCUGCCUGGCAGCUGCACAGUUACGUCAAUAGCAUCCUCACCCCCAGCUCGGCAGGCCGCACCAUGCUGGAGAAGCAGUUCAGGCUGUUGACUCAGUGCAACGCGCGCUUUGUGGAGUGCUUCAGUGCCCACAAAGAUUGCAACAAGGAGAAAAACCGCAACUCCUCAGUGGUUCCCUCGGAGCGAGCAAGGGUCGGACUUGCCACUCUGCCCGGAAUGAAAGGAACAGAUUACAUUAAUGCAUCCUACGUAAUGGGUUACUUCAGGAGUAAUGAGUUCAUCGUUACCCAGCAUCCCUUGCCCCACACCACCACAGACUUCUGGAGGAUGAUUUGGGACCACAACGCUCAAAUAAUUGUCAUGUUGCCUGACAACCAUGGCCUGGCUGAGGAUGAAUUUGUUUAUUGGCCGAGUCGGGAGGAGUCCAUGAACUGCAUCGCCUUCACUGUCACACUCAUCAGUAAGGACAGACUGUGCCUCUCCAACGAGGAGCAGAUCAUCAUCCAUGACUUCAUCUUGGAGGCCACUCAGGACGACUACGUUCUGGAGGUGAGACACUUUCAGUGUCCUAAAUGGCCCAACCCUGAUGCUCCUCUCAGCAGCACCUUCGAGCUCAUCAAUGUCAUCAAGGAGGAGGCCAUGACUCGAGAUGGCCCCACCAUCGUGCACGAUGAGUAUGGAGCCGUUUCAGCGGGCAUGCUCUGCGCCCUCACCACACUGUCCCAACAGCUGGAGAACGAGGGCGUCGUCGACAUCUAUCAGGUGGCGAAGAUGAUCAACAUCAUGAGACCAGGCGUCUUUACAGAUAUAGAGCAGUACGAGUACCUUUACAAAGCCAUGCUCAGCCUGGUGGGUAACAGAGAGGACGGCCUGAGCCCCAUGCACAUGGACACUAAUGGGGUGGUGGUGAUCGCAGACGAGUCGGACCCCGCGGAGAGCAUGGAGUCGCUCGUCUGAGGACGUCCUCACAGGCACUUAAUUUGUAAAAACUCGAGAACUUUUCUGAGGCCUUUUUCUGCCAGACUAUUGAUUAAAUGAAUAAUCUUAUUACUUUUUAUACUGAUAAAAGUCUUUUGAUAUUUAUGUUUUCGUCCUUUUUUUCUUGUCUUGAAUGUUAUCCUGCUGAGCGUUUGCACCUGUUUGAGUUGACGUGAGGGAAAAGCAGCUCUGUCCAGUUUGCACUAUACUAUCAGUGUUACUGCCUAAAUCAAGUGAAUGAAGACGUUUAACAGUUCAAUCCUGGCAUCAUCACAUGACCAGGAUCUUUGGAUCACAUAAGACAAACCUGAAGCAUGAAGGCCAGGAGGAAAUAAUGCGAUCUGCUUCGAAAAGUGUCUCCAAACAAAACAUUACAACACAAAGUAGCCCAGCACGCAUUAUGUCACUUUGUCGACCUCGAAGCGUUUUGAGGCUCCGCUCCAUCUGGGUGAAACUCUUUAUCACAUGUUAAGAGACUAUUACCUGCUUAAUAUUCAUAUAUUGUCCAAGUAUCUCACUGCUGUCUUGUAUAAUGUACUUACGGCUUAUUUUGUUAAAUUGUGUUACAUCAUCUAAUGUGAACAUGUAUUGCUUUUUACAGGGAUUUAUAUUGUGAUAUUGUUUUGUAAUAUAUAUAUAUAUAUAUUAUAUCCUUAAUAGCCAACCAAUGUUUUUCUUUUUUUUUUAGUGCUUUUGCCUAUUUGUUGACUGGCCUUGAUGUAGAUUCAUGUUUUUAUGAGACUGCCAUGAAUAAUCUACAAAGCUCAA